UUCAUUCGAGUGUGAAGCCGGUAUAACUGUCCGCAAUUAUUCUAGCGUUGCGCUUGGUUUUUUUAUUCUUUUUAGAGAAACAUCGUAGUAGUGUUGAGAAAUAACUUACAUCAGCAUAGCGAUUUUCCAUAAUUAGCUAUUGUAGUAGCAUCAACUACCUGCCAGUAAACAAAAAUAAAGCUAAUAACAAACAACUAAAACUGCUUUCCUCAACUCCUCGUAACUACAUCUCGUAUCUCAAGGGCAUCUCACGGCACGCAUCCCUGGAUUUGCUACUUUUACAUAACGCCAGGUUAAUUGAAAAAGAAAAAUAAUAUCACCCCAGGGAUUCUUUCCUCGUUUACUUCUGCGGCCUGAUCAUGGCCUUGGUCUGCACGCGAGCGUCUGCCGCGACGAAAAUCAUCAAGCUGUCCUCGGGCCAUGAUAUGCCAGUCGUUGGACUCGGCACCUGGCAGAUAAAGCCGGAUGACGUAGACAGAGCCGUAACUGCUGCACUCGAGAACGGCUACAAGCAUAUCGAUACCGCUUUCGUCUACUAUAACGAGGAAGCGAUCGGCAAAAGUCUGAAAAAGUAUUUCGACAAUGGAGGCAAACGAGAGGACUUGUUCAUCACGACAAAGUUGCCAUCGUUCGGAAACCGAGCCGAUGAUGUCGAGCCCAUGCUGAAGAGCUCGUUGGACAAACUGGGCUUGCAAUAUGUCGACAUGUACCUGAUUCACUUUGCGGUGGGCUUCAAGAGGGACUCUAGUAAGCUCGAACCAGCGAAAGACAAAGGCGGUAAUCUGAUUGUGGACCUGGAUACCGAUCAUCUUGCCAUUUGGAAGGCGAUGGAAGCCCAAGUAAAGGCCGGACGAGCCAAAUCCAUUGGUCUGAGUAACUUUAACGUAGCCCAGAUCGAAAACAUCAUGAAGAACGCCGAAAUCAAACCUAGCAAUUUGCAGGUUGAGCUUCAAGCCUACAACCAGCAGAAACAGCUGCGCGAGACCUGUGCCAAACACAACAUUGCCGUGACUUCCUACAGUACAUUGGGUUCACCGGGUUCUGAUCCUGACAAGAAGACUAAUGCCACCCUUGCUCUGCCCAGACUUUUGGAUCAUCCCGUGGUCCAGAAGAUCGCCAAGAACCACAACAAGUCGACGGCACAGGUAUUGCUGCGCCACGUCGUACAAAACGGCAUGAUCGUUAUCCCCAAGAGUACGAAUCCCGAGAGGAUCAAGCAGAACAUUGACAUUUUCGAUAUCGAACUAACGGCUGAGGAAAUGAAGGAGCUGAAUGACCUCGACAGAGGUGAAGAAGGACGCAUCUUCGAUUUCUCCAUUUUCAAGGGAGUGAAGGACCAUCCUCAGUAUCCUUUCGGCAAAACCAAUUAGUCAUUAAAAUAUGUUACAAUUUUUUUUAUAAUAACAUUUUAUACGAUGUAUAUUAAUGUAUAUUUAAUAAAAAAACGUGUAAUUUUUUAAAAACCUCAAA